AUGAAAGUAAUGGAUAUUCAAGUCAACGUAGCAGCACAGAAGUUGAAUCUCUCGUCGAGUCCUCAUCGUCGACGUCGCUCCGGCGACGAGAACAUCGUCUCGGACGAGCAACCGAUCUUCCCGAAUGGAUACGCUGCCCUCCUACUCAGGUCACCGCCACCAGCACCGCCGGCGUUGUUGCGGAGGAUAGGCGUCAAAGAGCUGACCGGUGUCGGCAAGGUGAAAGUUAUGUUGAAAGUGUCGCCGGGAGAAGGAGGGAGCUUCUUCAACGCGGACAAGAGGAAGAAGCAGGUGACGCUGGUUGACCCAACGUCUGGACAGUCCUCCUCUGCGGAGGAUCGAAGGCCGACCGUCGCUGCGCCGAAAAUGUUUGCCUUCGACGCGAUAUUUACCGAGGAAGACUCCCAGACUGAAAUCUGCUCGAGCGCCCUGACGGACGUCAUCCACGCGGUUAUCAAUGGAACGGACGGUUGUUUAUUCUGCUUCGGACACGCUGGCUUAGGUAAAUCUCACACGAUGCUCGGCACACCGGAGGCGGGCCACACGUUGGGCGCGAUACCGUGCGCGAUCGCCUGGCUUUUCCGCGGGAUCUCCGAGCAAAGGCAGAGGACAGGCGCCAGAUUUAGCGUCAGGGUCAGUUGCGUGGAAUUAACGGCCGGCCAACAGCAGCUCAGGGACCUGCUCGCGGCUCACGCGAACGAUUCCGAGCAGUCUCCGGCUGUGUACUUGAGGGACGACCCGCUGUUCGGCAGCCUGCAACUGCAACAGCACAGCGAGCUCCGUGCACCGACUGCGGAACGCGCGGCGUUCUAUUUGGACGCGGCAGUCGCAGGCCGGCAACGGGAGGACGGGGACGCGCACAUGCUCUACACCCUUCACGUUUAUCAGUACAGCGUCGCUGGCAAGGGAGGAGUCGCCGGCGGCAGAAGCAGGCUCCACUUAAUGGACCUCGGCAAUUCGGAUCGUGGCAAAUCGUCGGGUGGGAUCCCCUUAUCCGGGCUAGGGAACAUCCUGCUGGCGAUCUUUAACGGGCAGAAGCAUCUGCCGCAUAAGGAGCACAAGCUAACCCAAUUACUGAAGGAGUGUCUCGGCUCGUUGACGUGUCACGCCGCGAUGAUCGCCCACGUGUCCCCGAACGCCCAGCACUACACGGAGACGUUAACCACCGUGCAACUGGCCUCCCGGAUCCAUCGAAUGAGGCGGAGGAAGAUCAAGUUCGUUGGCGGUGGAACGCAGGGGACGGGAAGCGGUGGAAGUUCAGGGGAGGAAGCUGCUAGGCAGAACAGCGAGUGCGAUCCAAGCUCCAGCGAUCUGUCCGCGGACACCGUGAUUUACGUUGGCCCUAGCACAGACGACGCGACCGAUGGCGAGCAUCCACCCGUCUACAUACCCAGCCUGAACUCGGGCGACAACCGUUGCGCUAUGGGCAAAGUGUUGCGUGGUUCCGCCGCGGAAAGACCGUCGAAGAUCCCGGAGGAGCGUAGUCCGGCGCACAAAGCGACGAAAGUGGUGAAAUCGUUAACGCAGACUGCCUCGAAGCAAACCUCGCCAGCGCACACCGCGACACCGAAAGCCAGCCCAGCCAGAAAGUGCAACGCCGCUAAAGUGUCCGCCUCCAAAUUGAACGAUUCACCCGGUAGCAAAAUACCAGUAGCAGCUCCCAGUGGAGGAUCAGACGAGCAAUGGAUAGACGGGCCGAGGAUCUCGAAAUCGAAGGUCGCGGAAGCCAGGCACAUGCUGAAGGAUUCUCAUCACAAGAGAGAGACCUGGAUAGAUGGUCCCAUGCAACUAACCGGCCCGCCCACCUUGCAGAUGCAUGCUCAGCAACAUUCCUCCGGCUACGGUUUCAUGGACAGCCACAAGAAGAGCAUGAUCAGGAAGUGGGUCGAGAAUCAAUCGUCUCAGAUCCAGAGGAGCAAGCACACCACGGCGAGGAUCGAAUCCUCGAAGAUGUCCGGCCAAUCGUCGCAGUUCAAGGAGCUGACGACGUUCAAGACGUGCGGCGGCAUGGACGACGACGACACUUCGUUGUCCACAGCGGAGAGCGACAGCUUGAAGGCGAACGAGAUCGAGGAUAUCACCGAGAAAUUGGGCGUCAAGCUGAACCUGUUGAACGUCAAGUCUAAUACAGAUUCUGGUUUGGAUCUGACGGCCAGUCCGGUUAUGGACGACAGUGUGGAUAAAGGGAGGCUGGAUCUGCAGGAGGACGAAGACGACGAAGAGGAGAUCGUGGUCCCGCCACCGUUGCCUCUGAUCGAACCCCUGAGCAAUGGUGUCAGCCGGGAGGUCUCGAUGGAGAGCUUGAAUCUAUCGCAUAAAGACAUCGUGUUGCCCUCCAGGCACUCCUUGUCUUCCGAGGACGAGAUUCUGGAAAUCGUCGAGGUCGAGGAUUUGGAACCUGUCCCCAUGCAAGACUCGUGCCUCCAGGUCACGGAAGAGGAUAUCGCGUUGUGCAUGGGAGAGAAUCCUUUGCCCGAGAGCGAUCAAGAGGAGCAUCCUCUAAGAAUCCUGAGCCAGGAGAAUCUCACCGUCGUCUCGACCUUUACUGACUCGAUGUCGGUGAUGUCGGACACGGACCGGUACAGACCGCAGUAUCCACCACCGGUUGGCGCAGGUGUACUACCGAGGCCGUACUUCGACCACGAGGACUUCCUAGAGCAAGAAACUAGGCACAAGUUCGAUCAGUUGGCCCGGCUACACGAGCUAUACCAGAGCAAGCUCGCGCUUGCCAAUGUUUCCAACUCCGUGACCUAUCAGAGGGAGAACUCCUCCAGUGUUAGAGACGCUCCAUCCGCCCCAGUCUUCCGUCCGCCGUCGCGCUGUCAAUCGUUGUCCCUCUCCGACAUGAUGUUCAACGACAAUGCGAGCAAUCACGGCAGCAUCUACAGCGAGCCCGCGUACAUCGCCGGGAAGUCCGAUCAGGAGAAGAUCUGCGAUAACUGUCGUCAGAGCAUGUCCAGGCCGGCCACGGCCUCGUAUUGGUACCCGAACAGCGUCGCGCACAUAGCCAGCCCCAGACGGUACUGCGGCAAGCUGGGCGAUUGCAACAUCUCUAGUCUGAGGCAUCCCGACGGCGCGUCGAAUCCUAACCUGAAAGAGGAAGUGGAGAGGCUACCGGGAAACGGAGCCUCGGGUUCCGACCCGGAGGAGGAGUACGUCGAGGCGAAGAAAUUGUUCACUGCGGCUGAGAGAUCGGAGAGGACUGUCACUGGCAAGUCGGACAUCGAGGAGGAUCUCAAGAUACAAGUAACAGCGCCACCACAGUUGUCGAUUCCAUCGCCGGCUCCGUCUUCGGGUCGAAUGCAACGGAAGAUCACCAGUUUGGGCUCGUCGUUCGGUUUGAACAAGGAGGGCUACGAUUCCGGUGCCGAUUCCACGCCCCGAGCAGCGAAACUCUCACCGGCGACCCUGUCCAGGCAUCGCGCCGAAAGUUCUGGCUACGACAGUAUUGUCAGGGACAGCGAGACCAGCAGCAUAGCGAGCGAUUCCUCGAGGCAGACCAGCGCUCUUCAAGAGCAUCAAGGUACGGUGGAACAGCGGGCGGCAGAGUGCGGGCUCCGGUCACGGGCCCAUUGCCGGGCCCAUCUGCCAAGGGGGCCGUCCGCGGUCCCGGGGAUACUCGCGUACACAAGCGAGGACGUGGACAUCCUGGACAAGCGCGCGCAGUUGCGCUCGGAUCCACGUGGCACGAUGUCCAGGAUACACAACCUGCGACUACGCCAGCGCCUUCUUAGGCUCGAGCUACGUGACGCUAAGAGGCGGCUGAUGGUGCCCGACAGCCGUUGGACCUACGAUCUACACGUGGAGAACGGGAUGGACUGGCGAGAUCCGUCUUUCCUGGAGGCUCUGGAGGCGGAGACCUGUAUCCUACAGAAACGGGUCCAUGCUUGUAAAAGCCACGUUUUGUUGGUCACCUGCUUCGACUCUUGUCCCCGGCAACAGUGUACGCGGCAAGCGGGCACAUCGCCGUCUGGGAUACGGAUCACCUAA